AUGGAGAACGAACGCGGCGAGCUCGUCGACCUCUACGUCCCCCGCAAGUGCAGCGCCACCGGCCGCAUCAUCAAGGCCAAGGACCACGGCUCUGUUCAGAUCAGCAUCGGCAAGGUCGACGAGAACGGCCGCUACACCGGCGAGAACCAGACAUACGCCCUCUCCGGCUUCGUCCGCGCCAUGGGCGAGAGCGACGACUCCAUCAACAGGCUCACCCAGAAGGACGGCUUCCUCAAGGGUGUCUGGAGCGCGCAGCGAUAA